AUGUUUAAAAAUAUGUUGGAAAUAUUAUUCCAAAAUACAAUCAUAACAGAAGUGAUAAAAAAACGAAGACUCCAAUGGGCAGGCCAUGCUUGGAGGAGCCAAAAUGAGCUAAUUAGAGCAGUAUUAGAACAAAAACCGCGAGGAAAAAGACCGCUGGGAAGACUCAAAACAAGAUGGGAAGACGUCGUAGUUAAAAAGGAUGUACAAUCGCUAGGAGGAGAAACGAACUGGAAAGAAAGAGCAACGGAUAGAGAAGAAUAG